CCCCAACUCCCCAUAAUUGUUCCUUGGGUGCGCCACUGUGCUUAUUACCAGCUUACUUCUAUGGUGGAAAUAUAUUUUCACAAUGCUUACUACGUACGUUUACCCCAUUAUACAAUGAUCUUAGUUUACCCCAUCCCAAGAGGGCUAAAGGGAUAGUUCCCUUAGAGCGUUCUUGGUUUACCCAUGGUGGUAAUCAGGAUCAUAAACUAUGACUACUACUAACUCCUUGGGUGCUCUGUAAUCAGUGGUAAUCAGUAUGUAAUUUCUUACACCGUGCUGGAAAUAUGAUUUCCAUUAACUCCGACUUCACGACGUCGGAGUCGACUCGUUACGACAAUGGAUAAGGAGUGAAUUUUGAGCUUGAAAAUUCUGUGGUUUUUAUGUUCUCGCGUAAGUCAAUUUAUUUUCAUGAGGAAUGAUAAGGUAUUCUAAGGGGACAAAAUUCUUGAUUUUUUAAGAGAUGGUUGAAUUACCCUGAGCUGGUUGUGUUGUUAACGUCAGUGCACGACAAAACUACAGUUUAUGUUCCAGAGGAUAAAUAUAUGUACUUUUUAUAGGACAUUCCUCCCCGCCUCCGAAUAUCUGUCAUCAGCUGUGUUGAUUGCGGCAGUAUUGUGCGGUUAUGUGACAAGCACUGGUAAAACUGCGAGUGGACUGCAUAUUUGUUAUGUCAUAAUCAAAGUCUGUGUGCAUGCUGCUCCAUUCAUUUCAACAGCAACUUUCACACUUAUGAACAAACUGGCGCCGUGAGGUGGAGUAGAAAGGGAGGUGGUGAGGUCAAUCUUGCAAAUCAGAUCGCCAUGACCCAAGAAAGGGAAAAGUGCAUAUUUUGUCGCAUUUACGACGGAAAGGAACCAACCAACUCAUUAUAUCAGGAUGAUUUGUACAUGGUUUUUCCUGAUAUAAAACCUGCAGCAGAGCAUCACUAUCUUGUUAUAACCAAGCAACACAUUCCUAAUGCAAAGCAUCUUAAAAGUGCUGAAGAUCAAGUCAUUGUGUCUGAUCUGGUACGAAUUGGCAAACAAGUAUUGCAAGAACGUGGUGGAAAUUUAUCUGAUGCAAUAUUUGGUUUCCACUGGCCACCUUUCAAUUCUAUUUCUCAUUUACAUUUGCACGUUAUAUCUCCAGCAAAUCGGCUUUCAUUUAUUUCACGAGCGAUUUUCCGCCCAGAUUCUUGGUGGUUUGUUACGGUAAUAAUGUUAUUUGUAUGUGAUCGUUUCCGAAGAAACAGUGCCACAAUGUUUCUGGAUAAUCUCGAAAUAAUAGUUGGAACAUAUGAAGAAUUUCUGUUAGGUUAUCGGCCGAAGCAUGUUGAUCAGAAAUAUAGUUUGACACAAACUUUUGCAAGCCACGGUCACAAAGCCAGUAUCCGAUGUGUGACUUCCCAUGGGAAAAUGGUGGCAUCAGGAGGCGCAGACGAUUCCAUACAUUUCUAUGACAUGUUGUAUAGAAGAGACAUAGGCGUCUUGAUGCAUCAUAAUGGAACUGUAAACUGUGUAGAGUUUACACCAAAUGGUUCCCAUUUACUUACUGGAGGGGAUGAUGGUAAGAUAGCUAUUCUCAGAGCAAGUGAUUUUGAAAUGGAGAAGUUUUGGGGCUCUGCACACAAAGGAUCAGCAGUAAUUGGUAUUAGUGUUCAUCCCACUGGCAAAUUAGCUCUGUCCGUUGGAGCUGAUGCCACACUACGGACUUGGAAUCUUGUUAAAGGUCGUCCGGCUUAUGCAACACGAUUGGGAAGUUCAAAAUGUGGGGCAGGUUGGCAAAUUAAUGGUGUUUGUUGGAGUCCGACAGGAUCAUUUUAUGUUCUUGGUAUAGGAACAAAAGUUGAUGUGUAUUCUGUUGAAACAGCUGCCAUUAUUUAUUCAGUUACAACAGAAAUGAAAGUGUCCAGUUUCUGCUUCUUAAAUGACAAUGAAUUAUGUGUUGGCUGUGAGAGCGGUAAAAUAUAUUUACAUGACAUAAUCAAGAAGAGUUCUUUGUUUGAGAGGAAGAUCCAUGACCAACGAAUCAAGAGUAUAAAAAGUGUGGUAUCUGACAAUCAUGUGUGUGUGGUGACUGCUUCAAGCAAUGGACAAAUCAUUUUAUGGGAAUACAAGGGAAAAGUAUUGCAAGAAUUAGGCCAUGUAAAAACUGGUUGUCGAAUUACAUGCCUUACUAUUGCUACAUUUGGUUAUCCAAAUAUCAAAAAGGAGGAAGAAUCAGAAGUUGAAGAGGAAAAUGAAGUUGAUUAUUCCCCUGAAGAGAAAUGUAGUCGUCCUGCGCUUCCAGUGAAGAGAGGAUUUGUAAUAGUGGAAGAAGAAAUAGAAGGAGAGCACCAGAAGAAGCAAAAGAAGAAGAAAAAAUCAAAAAGAACAAGUGCAGCUUCUGGCUUUUCGGUUUCAGAAAGUAAUACUCCAAUGAAAAAGCAAAAAACAGAAAGUGGAGCAAUCAUUUCUCCAAAACCCUCAAAAAAUAAAGAUAAGAAAAGGAAAAGCUUACUGGCUGAUUCUUGGACUAUUUCAGAAGCAGCAAGGUGAUUUGAUCACAAAGCCUGAUGAAAUUGUUUGUUCAAAGAAGCACCAAUGGAAAAUUUGCAUGGAAAUUGAAUUAAUCAUAACUUGUGUUGUGAUGUGCUGAGACAAAGGUAGGGAAAAGUGGUUUGAAUGGUCUUUCAUGAGGUUGUUUUUAAAUAUUUAAAAUUUGAUGUAUGUUUUAAUUGAGAGACAAGAAUUGAUUUUUGCAGAAGCAUUAAUGAAAUUAUUGUAUUGUUUUUUCCCAUUAGUACAUGGGAUUCUGUUCUGUACAGAUAUUGUAAUAAUGUAAUUAUAUUUGUAAAUUAUUGAUAAAAGAAGUACUCUCAACAAAUUGAAAAGCAGUUCAUUAUUGAAUUAGAAUGAGUACAAAUAUUAUUUUUCUAGAGUUCUAACCUAUCCUCUAGUCUCAUUUCAGUAAUUAAAUGAAGAGAAUUAUAAUUGCAGUUAGUUAUACUUGUGUUAUACUCAAUAUUUCUUGAACAAUAUCAGUCUACAAUUAUUUUGACAGCAAAUAUUAGUAUUUUGUUUGUGGGAAUAAUUUUCCCACAUAACCCCCUGGUGGGUAUGAUGAAAUAUAUUUUCCUUUUUGCAAAUCAAAUUACCUUUUCAAAAUCUUAUCUGAAACACCCUUUUCAUGCAACUAAUUUUUAGAACUAGUAGUAUGUAUAUUCAGUUAAUAAAAUUGAUGAUACUGUAAAACAGAUUCUCAUACGUUUUGAGAUUGUAUUCUUUCUACACAAUCAAUGUACCCCAAGCACAACUUUUUCUACAUGAUAGAUUUAAAUACUAUCUGGCUGAAUUAAUAAACAAUCUUAAUUUAUAGGAAAAUUUCUUUUAAAUUUAAGUACUCAAAUUAAAUGACAGAAACAAAACUUUUAAUCCUUCACAUACUGAGUACAAAUGAAGUGUUCAUCUAUGAGCGUGUUUAUAGAGUACCAGCAUUUCAUUGUAAACUCAGACAGCAGUUAUAAGAUUACCUUUUUCUAAGUUUCCCUUCAAAAUACCCUUUACAAGCCUAGGAUGAACCCCUUUGCGGGUACAUCUGCAACUAGUGUUUUUUGACAAAGGUGUGGUCAAAUAAUUUAGAGCAAUAAUAAUUGUAUAGGUCCUGAUAUGCUGUGACUAAAAUACACAAAAUAGAACAAGGUAUGUUUUAAUAAAAGUUAAUUGCAAUAAUGAAAUAGAUGAAAUUUAUGGUAAAUCUAGAUGUCUGUGGAUAUCAUUUUUAUGAUUUUAGUGUAUAAUUGGUGUAGAAAUAUUUAAUUGGUACAGACAUUAAGAGCAUAAAAGUAAAAGAAAGUUAAAUCACAAGCUUGUGUGGCAUACUAUUUCAUUCUUGGAAAGGGACCAUUAACAUAAUUAUUUUUGCAAAAUUUAGCUUUUUAUUUGUUUAACCAACUUCUCCCCUUUUCCCUGCACUCUUGUAACUACUAUUAACACUUAUAAAAAAUUCAAUCCUUAUGAAUGUUCAAUAAUGUAUGCUCUAUAAUAUAAGUUCCGUGCGUGCUUUGACC